AUGGCCUCGCCCCUCCGCAUGAUUCCAAAGGCCGCCACUAUUGACUGGCGUCCCCGUGGUGAGUAUAUGACCCUGAACAACGUUACAGACCCAGACCGCUAUCCAGUCCUGCAUUUUCGAGAUUUUGUCAGUGCUCUGUUCGGCAGGUCUGUAUUCUCGAAGAUCGAUCUGGUUCGUGCUUUCCACCAAAUUCCUAUCGUCCCAGAGGACGUUUCGAAAACGGCCGUUACCACUCCAUUUGGCCUCUUUGAGUUCCUACACAUGAUGCUUGGACUCUGCAACGCCUCCCGGACUUUUAGAGGUUCGUAGACAGAGCACUUCGCGGCCUGCCAUUUGCCUACGCCCAUAUCAACGACAUUUUGUUAGCUAGCCCCACCGCCGAAGAACACAUGGGGCACCUUGCAACGGUGUGUGACCGCCUUUGACAGCUUGGUGUUGUUCUCAACCCGUGUAAUUGCAUCUUCGGUGUGCCCUCCCUAGAAUUUCUUGGGCAUCUGGUUAACUCCAAGGACAUCCAUCCUCUCCCAUCGAAGGUUGCGGCUUCACUUGGUUUUCCACCUCCCUCGUCCAAACGUCAGCUGUAGCGAUUUCUGGGCAUAGGGAAUUUCCACCACCGGUCCCUAUCGAACUGUGCCGACACUAUCCUGCCGCGCACGAGCUCCCUAUUGGCUCCCAAAGGUUCGUUCGAGUUGUCUGCAGACGCCCUCGCUGCUUUUGACAAGGUGAAGACUGCCCUGGCCGACGCGACCCUCUUGACGCAUUUUCUGCUGAUGCUCCAAUCGCCUCAUGGUUGAGGCCUUCAAUGUUGCAGUAGGCUCACUUCUCUAACAGCACCUUGCGGGUUACAUCAAACCCUUGACUUUCUUUCCCAUGAAGUUGUCACCUGCCGAGACGCGCUAUAGCACAUUUCAAAUGGGAGCUUCUUGCUGUGUUCCUUGCCGUGAAACUCCUCCGGCACUUCUUUGAGGGCUGGGACUUCACCGUGUUCACGAAACACAAGCCCCUCUCAUUUGCUCUCAAAUCCACUUCUGGCAAGCGCAACCCCCGGGAAAGUUGUUAACUGGACUGCAUCUCGCAAUUUAUCCCGGACAUCUGCCACAUCGACGGGCCACGCAAUGAGGUGGCUGACGCACUGUCCAGGUCCUCCAUCGGACACCUCCAACUUUCUCCCGGGAUCGACCCAGCUGAGAUGGCUGCCAAUCAGCGCCGUGUUGGUUCUCCCUGUUACGACGACUUUUCCGGACUCCGACUCCAAGACUUGCAACUGACUACUUGCAACGCACCAUUCUAUGCGACGUCCUCACCACUUCCCACCGCCCCUUUGUGCCGCCAUCCCUGCGCCGCAAAGUCCCUUCCUUCCUGCACAACCUUUCUCACUCUGGGAGUCGAGCUACCGGCAAGCUGGUUCCCGACCGCUUCACCUGGCCUGGGAUGCACAAGGACCUGAAAGCAUGGAUACGGGGGUGUCUCGGCUGUUAACCGAGUAAGGUUUGACGGCACAACGAAGCUCCUAUCGGCACCUUCUCCACUACGGAUGCAUGCUUCACUCAUGUCCAACUGGAUAUCAUAGGCCUUCUGACAUUGUCCAGUGGCUGUUCCUAUCUCCUCACUUGCGUAGGCCGAUUCACCCGGUGGUCGGAAGCUGUCUAUCUGCCUGACGCUAUUACAACAGUCGUCAAGGUCUUCCUCGGUCGGUGGGUUGCCAUUUUCGGUACUCCCUCCACUAUCACGACUGACCGCGGUGCCCAAUUUGAAUCUAACCUCUUCCAGUCUCUUCUCCCCUUAGGCUGUUCUUGCAUCCGCACCACAGUGCGUCAUCCGGCAGCCAACGGGAUGAUCGAGCGGUUUCACCGCCAUCUGAACGCCUCCCUAAGCGCCGCGGACGAUCUGGAAACUAGGACGGACCACCUCCCACUGAUAAUCUUUGGCAUCCGCCCCUCUCUGAAGUCGGACCUUGGCUGUUCCGCCGCUGAACUCAUGUUAAGCAACGCCAUCCGACUUCCCUGUCAAAUGAUCUCGUCAACCCCGCGAGGUGCGGCCGAAGAUCCUACCAACCUCUUGCACUGUCUCCGGCAAUUCAUAUGGCCACUUUUCCCGGUCCCGCCCAGAACAUCUUUUUUGGGUCUUACCUGGAGAAAGACUUGGCGACAUUCUCCCACAUCUAUCUCCGAUGUGAUCGAGUCCGCUGGCCCCUGGAACGAUCAUACGACGCUCCCCACCGGGUUAUCUCUCGUGGGACGAAGAACUUUCUCACCCAACGCGAAGUUCGCGAGGAGGUCAUGAGCGUAAACCGUCUCAAUGCUGCCGUCCGGACACUCCUCUGGAUGAGCCCUGUGCCCCUCUACCCCUACCCCACCUUCCCGAUCCCCUAUCCCUCUGUCCCGUAUACUCCCUCCUCCUACAUGUUCGUUUCCCCCAACUGCAACUAA